AACGCAAAAGUAUAUAGAAUAACUUCUUAAUUAAAAUUUUCCAAUUUUCUACUGUUUAUAGAAAAAUUUUAUUUAAUUUAUUAGUUCCAAAGUGUAAUUAAUUAUUUGUGUUUAGUGAAAAUUUAAAAAAAAACAAUGGUUUGGAAUUGAAAUAAUCGAAAUAACACAAUAUUUGAAGAAAGUUUGACUGUGAGUGACUUUAAAAACUAUAUCUUUUUGAAAAAUGGAAACUGAAGAACCGAAAGGAAUUUGUGCAGUCUGUGAGAAAUCGGCUUCUUUGCGUUGUAGUGAAUGCAAAGUCGAAUUUUAUUGCACGAAAGAUCAUCAGCGUGACGAUUGGAAACGUCACAAGUCGACAUGUCGAGCUUGGGAGAUAAAAGAGGACAAAAAAUUAGGGAGAUAUCUUGUGGCCACUCGCGAUCUAAAUCCAGAGGACUUAAUAAUUUCCGAACUGCCAUUAGUUUUUGGACCAGCGCCUCACAGUGGCGAGAGGAUUUGUGUUGGCUGCGGAAGUCGUCAAAUUACCGCCAGAUGCAUCGGAUGUUCUUGGCCCGUUUGCAGAAUUGACUGCGAUGGCCUCAUGGACAUGGAGCGUCACGCUCUCGAAUGCCAAUUGCUGGCCAAGGCCAGAAUUCUACCCAGAUGUAGCGUUAUUUUGGCCCUUCGACUUCUGAUUCUACGUCGGAGAAAUCCGAAGAAGUGGAAAACAGUGAUGAAACUGCAGAGUCAUGAAAAGUCGCGAGGACCAGGAACAGAAGCCUAUGAAGAGACCAAGAGCCUCGCUGAGUAUUUGGCUCCAUUUUUGUCGGCCGAUCCGAGUGCUGCUGAGGUCCUGCCGAAAAUCUCGGGCCUCAUUGACGUAAACGCUUUGGAGACAAAUCCUCCCGAGGGUUCGGUGGCAAUUUACGAAAAUACUUGUCUUUUGGAACAUCAGUGCAUCUCCAACACUAGGUUCAGAUUCACCAUUGACGAAGUGGGCAGACCUCGAAUCUUCGUCAAGGCUGUUACUUUCAUCAAAAAGGGUGAACAUUUGAGUACGACUUAUACUCACGUCUUCUGGUCGACGAGGGUGCGGAGGGACCAUCUUCUGGCGACGAAAUACUUCCACUGCUGUUGUCAGCGUUGCGCAGAUCCUUCAGAAUUGGGGAGUCAUCUAGGGACUUUAAAGUGUCCCUGUGGAGAGGGUUUGGUACUUCCGAAUGAUCCCCUCGACGAAGACACCGAAUGGUCCUGCAAUUCCUGCCCUGGAACCCUAACUUCCUUGGAAGUCACCCAAUUAGUCGAGAGAUUAGGCGAAGAAGUUGAUACGGCGAUGGGAGUCGCAAAACGGGACACUCUCAUGGACCUGCUCUCAAGACUCAGGGUUCUCUUACACCCCGAUCAUCAACACUGCAUAUCGGUGGGUCACUCCUUAAUCCAAUUGAUGUCUUCUGAUGAUCCAGAGAAACCGCAGAUCUGCAGGAGGAUAAUUUCCACGACUUCCAUUGUUGAUCCCCAUGGGACUCGUCUUGCGCUUUACACAGCUAUUGCUCUCCGAGAGCUCGCUUCUUGUCCCGGGGAAGACAAAAAGUCUCUUCUGACUAAGGCCGCUUCCUUAAUGGAGUUCGAACCUCCCAGAAGUCCCGGAGAAAAGCUCUUUAGACUGAUUCAAUCCGAAUUAAAGUAACUUAAACUGUUCUUCAAAAGCUCUUCAUCAAAAGAUCUUUAAAAGAUCUUCAUCAAAAGAUUUUCUUCAAAAGAUCUUCUAUAAGUUAACUUCAAGUGUAGAUACCUUUCCAUAUUGGCUGAAAUCAUAAAAAUUUCAAUAAUAAUCAUUAGAGAAACUAAAAUGGUUUUGAUAAAUUGUUAUUCAAAAAUCAUAAACGUGAAAGAAAAUAGCAGAUAUCAUUUUCAGGAUAAAAUUUCUUUAUUACUCCUCCUAAAAUUGUUUCGAAUUAUUCAUAGUUUUCUUACACAUCGCUGUGCGCCUACCACAACAACAUUAAUUACAUUUAAUUGAUCACCUAAAAGUAAGAGAUACAGUAAGCGUAAUUAUUUUUAUAUGUACAGUAUUUUUUUUCAUUAUUAUUAUUUAAACAUCCUCAUUUCCCAUCGUUUAUGUUUCCCACGUAUUUUUAUGCACCGCAGCCUUAUUUAAAGUCCCUUAUAUUUAAUCUGCGGUGCUUUCUUUAUUUUUUUUUUUACUUUUUCUUUUGAAAAAUUACAUUUUCAGAUGCGAGUUUUUAAGCACGAAGACUCGAGUUAAGUGUACAAAAGGAACGAAGGCUCUUUGCUCUCGUUCAUAAUUUUCAAAAAUUUUCUCAACCAAAAAUAGAAAAGAAAAAUCAAGAAAUCGAUAUUUAAAAUUUUUCGUUCGUUCAUACAUACAAUUGUUAUCGAAACCUUUCUUUUUUUUAUCUUUUUUUAAUAAUUUAAAAAUAUUUACAAAACAUUAAUUUUCAAAUCAAAUCAACGUAAUAAAUAAAAUUUGAAUAAGAAUUCGAAAAAUCUUCUCGAUUCUAAAUUUUAGAUAAACUUUUUCAGGAAAUUGAAAUGAGAAAGAAAAAAAGAAGAGAUACGAGAAGAUAAGAUGUCUUUUUUUUGCAAACGUAGACUGUUUGUUUUUUUUUUCUUGUUAACAAGAGCGCACAGACUGUUACGUAGAAGAGCGAGUGUACGCCUAUGGAUUAUAGAUACAGGUAAGCUAAGACCCUUUAAUACGAAUAACUUGUGUACAUUUAGAUUCGUUAAUGUCACUGUUGUUUCGUGCCAACAGAUUCUCUCUUUCUCUUUCUCUCAUUCUCUCAUUCUCUCUCCUUAUUUUUUAAAAUCCGAGUCCGCGUAAAACGA